UGUUGAAAUUGAAAAGAAAACAAAAGAAAGGGAGAAAUUAUAAAGAAAGGAAAAUGCAAUGGCUCACGCGCACGCAUUCUAUAGACUUCAAAAGAAUGAACUGGAAUAGCAUAUCUUUGCGUAUCGUUUACCAAGUGGAGGAAGGGGUGGCAGUGGCAACCAAUUUCUAAGGAUUUUCUUUCCUUUUCUUUACUUUUCUUUUCUCCUUUGAACAACCCACGCAGAAGAAGAAGAAGAAGUUCUAAAGAAUCUCAUCCAAGAAUUCUAAAGCUCUACUACAGCCAUGUCUCAGAACUGGGAAGCUGAUAAAAUGCUGGAUGUUUAUAUAUAUGAUUACCUUAUGAAGAGAAAACUUCAUAAUUCUGCAAAGGCGUUUCAGGCUGAAGGGAAAGUGUCCACAGAUCCUGUUGCUAUUGACGCACCUGGUGGUUUUCUCUUUGAAUGGUGGUCUGUCUUUUGGGACAUCUUCAUUGCUAGGACAAAUGAGAAGCACUCAGAAGCUGCUGCAUCUUACAUUGAGACUCAAAUAGUCAAGGCACGGGAACUGCAACAGCAACAACAUCCAAAACCUCAGCAGCAGAUGCAGAUGCAGCAGAUGUUAUUACAGAGGCAUGCUCAGCAGCAGCAGCAGCAGCAGCAAAGAGAUGGCAAUCCACAUCCAAGUGGAACUGCCAAUGGCCUUGCUGCUAAUGAUGUCACAAGACAUAACCCUGCAACUGCAAAUGCCUUGGCAACAAAAAUGUAUGAGGACAGGCUAAAGCUUCCACUGCAAAGGGAUUCCCUGGAUGAAGCAUCUGUGAAGCAAAGGUUAAGUGAUCUGGAUCCAAAUCAUGCUUCAUUGUUAAAGGCAGCUGCAUUAAGUGGACAACCACCAGGGCAAACACUGCAUGGUACGCCUGGGGGCUCAGGAAAUCUGCAGCAAGCUCAAAAUCGGAAUCAGCAACUUCCUGUAUCUACGCAGGAUGUAAAGAGUGAGAUUAAUGCAAUGAUAAAUCCCCGGACUGCUGGUACAGAAGGAUCAUUGAUUGGAGGACAAAAUCAAGGGGGAAGCAACUUGACUUUGAAAGGAUGGCCUCUAACAGGAGUGGAUCAGCUUGGGCUUCUUCAGCAUCAAAGGUUAAUGCAAUCCCCUCAGCCACUCAGUAAAUUUCAGUUACAACAGCAGUUGAUCCUACAAGCACAACAAAACUUGUCAUCACAAUCUGUUAAUGAUUUGGAGCGUAGAAAACUGAGAAUGCUUCUUAAUAACCAGAAUUUGGGUCUUGGAAAGGAUGGCCAUUUAAGUUCUGGUGAUGUUCUUGGUAACUUUGGAUCACCUAUGCAAGUUAAUAGCCCUACAUUGUCUCGUGGGGACACUGAUCUAUUGAUUAAGAUACAGCAGCAACAAUAUCAACAUAUUCCACUCAUGAGUCAGCAGUCUCAAAAUUCAAAUCACAGCCAGCAACAAGACAAAGUCAUUGGUUCUAGCAGCGUGACAGUGGAUGGUAGCAUGUCAAACACUUUUCAAGGAAAUGACCAGGCUUCAAAAGGCCAACUUGGUCGGAAGAGAAAGCAGCCAGGGUCAUCUUCAGGCCCUGCCAAUAGCUCAGGCACUGCUAACACCACUGGACCAAUGCCAAGUUCACCUUCAACACCUUCUACUCACACACCAGGAGAUGCCAUUUCAGUUCCCACUUUGCCACACAAUAGUGGUUCCUCUAAGUCUCUGCUCAUGUUUGGAUCUGAUGGAUUGGGCUCCCUUGCAUCUGCUUCAAAUGAACUGGCUGAUACGGAUCGUUUUGUGGAUGAUAGAACUCUGGACGACCAUGUGGAAUCUUUCUUUUCUCAUGAUGCUGCAGACCUUAGAGAUAGAGUAGGUCAAUCUGCAGAUAUCAGCAAAGGCUUUGCAUUUUCGGAGAUCCGGACUAUUCCUGCGAGUACCAGUAAGGUUGAAUGUUGUCACUUCUCAUCAGAUGGAAAAUUGCUUGCAACUGGUGGGCAUGACAAGAAGGCUACAUUGUGGUGUACAGAGUCUUUUACAGCAAAGUCUACCCUUGAAGAGCAUUCUCAAUGGAUUACUGAUGUUCGCUUCAGCCCAAGCAUUUCACGUCUUGCAACAUCUUCAGCAGACAAAACUGUCAGGGUUUGGGAUGCUGAUAACCCAGGCUACUCGCUUCGCACAUUUACAGGACAUUCUACAACUGUGAUGUCAGUGGAUUUCCAUCCUAGUAAAGAGGACCUUAUUUGUUCAUGCGAUAAUAACAGUGAGAUUCGCUACUGGAGUAUCAAGAAUGGUAGUUGUGUUGGAGUCUUCAAGGGUGGUGCCACUCAGACAAGGUUUCAACCUCAUCUUGGAAGGAUCAUUGCAGCUGCUGCAGAGAAUGUGGUAUCCAUACUAGAUGUUGAGACUAAAGUGUGUAGGCUUAAAUUGCAGGGCCAUAAAAACCAUAUCCAUUCUGUGUGCUGGGAUCCUUCUGGCGAGUAUGUGGCAUCUGUGAGUGAUGACUUGGUUAGAGUGUGGACGGUGGGUUCUGGCAGCAAAGGGGAAUACGUUCAUGAAUUUAACUGCACUGGCAACAAAUUUCAUACUUGUGUUUUCCAUCCCACUUACUCGUCUCUGUUGAUCAUCGGCUGUUACGAGACUCUGGAGCUUUGGAACAUGGCAGAAAACAAGACGAUGGCUCUACCUGCACAUGAUAAACUGGUAUCUGCAUUGGCAGUGUCAAACGUUACUGGAUUGGUAGCCUCCGCUAGUCACGACAAGCAUGUCAAGCUCUGGAAAUGAUUUCAUCGUGCCUCUUCGUUUGCAUACUACGCAAUGCAAACUAGUUUCCAGAUUUUCUGACAGAUGCAUUUGCAGCAGUUUAUGGUGGCAAAGUUACUGCCUGUUUAGUAUAAGGGGUUUAAAGAUUUUGUCCAUUUUACGUUAUAUAUUGGACACUGACCCAAAUCCCAGUAACCCCAAGAUCUCAAAUUUUGGUCAUAAUCUGGCAAGUAUUACAGGAAAGACCUUGAAAAGUUGUCAUUGUAAAUUCAACACAAACAGUAUAUGAACGCAAUGAUAAAAGAUAUUAUUAGUUUCAAAUUUGCUGCACUCUUUGAUAUUGAAAGAGUGGAUGGCUCCUACUCUUGAGUUUCAAUCUCACUGACCUUUCUUUCUGUUUC